UCGAGGAAGAGCAACACACAACCAAAACAUUGGCUUGUUUUAGGUUAUAGGAUCAGCCUUGUCACUUAACUUCUAAGACAUUGUCUUAAUUUUCUCUCCAAACUCUUCAGCAAAUCGAAUGGCUUUAGCAGGGCCACCCCAUAAGAUGUGGGCAUUUCGAAUUUCAGUGGUGGUUUUUGGGCUGUUAGCUAUGGCACAACAGUCCACGCCACUGAGUUUGAGAAAUCCUGUGUAUGAAAUGACCCAUAAAUUCAAUGGCCUUGAAACAUAUCCAGUGGGCGUUGUUUCUCUUACUAGUGAUGCUGAGAAUGCACUCAUUGACUCUGGAGUCUUCACUGUUACCUCCAGUCAGAAAAUUGCUGGAAAAUUAUUUUAUAUUGGGAAAAUUAACGGUACUGAUGUUGUAUAUGCAAGGGCCGGCGAACUAAUGGUUAAUGUGGGCUCAACGGUGCAAGUCAUGGUGGAUAUAUUUAAUGUCAGGGGGAUUGUUAAUUAAGGAGAUGCUGCUUCCAUAAA